AUGGAGGAGUUCACAGCAGUCCGUGGACAGGCUCCAUUAAUGCUGGGAGUCGUGUGGACGUUCCAACUCAUCGCAUUCAUUCUUGUCGGCCUCCGCCUUUACACCCGUCUCGUUGUGAUACAUAAUUACGGAAUGGACGAUCACUUCUUCAACCUAUCAGUGUUCUGCCUCCUAGUAUAUGUCAUACUCAUCUCCAUCGCAACACGUUACGGCCUGGGCCAGCCUAUCAACGAAAUCACCCCCCAUCAAAUGACCCGGGCCUUGCUACUCGUCAACGUGGGUCAGACGAUCAUCUUCGUCGCCGUCAUCGCGGUCAAGAUCUCGAUAGCAUGUUUCCUGCUGCGUAUCGUCGGUACCUUCACCGCUAAGCAGUACGCGAUCAUCGUACCCGUGACUGCCAUGUCUUUGAUUGUCUUCAUAUGCGCGUGGGUGCUGUGGUUCUCCUGCACGCCCAUGAAUUACAUAUGGGAUGUUUCGAUACCAGGGGGUCGUUGCGACCUUGUCAAACAAUUUUGGGCUUCAAUAAUCCCCGGUGUGUCCGUUGUGCUCGUCGAGCUCUGCUCCGCUGCAUGCAGCAUAGCGCGCUUGAUGCAUGCACUAAGAACGGCGCAAGAAACCGAUGAUUCGGUUUUCCUAGUGAUGAUUGUCGAGGGCCUGAUCUGGCAUGCUGCAGACCACACCACUCAGCUACUCUGCAUCGGGAUCACUGUCUGCCGGCCGCUGUACAAAGACUGGCUAUAUCGAGUGGCCGACCGCAUAGAAGGCCCCUUCACUACCGCGGAAACUACAAAAGGUUCGGGUUACGGAGCCCAGAAGGGGGCAGACGCGAUAGCACUGCGCUCGAUUGGCGGGGGUAUGAUCAACUCAGCCACCGACGAUCCGGGCAGGAGGCGAGGUAGGCCGACACAUGCGUCCAAGAAGCCCGGCGCGGCGCUGAGGAGGGAUUUGGUGCUUCAAAGCAUCGACGUGCCUGAAAACAACAGCGUGCUCAAAAACAACAACACAGAGUUCUCUACACUGCCACCCGUUGAGACACGGCCUAGAUUUGAGAGGGCUCUUUUUCCAUGGGCAACAUCCAGAAAGAACUAG